AUGCAUAGUUGCAAGACAGAAAUUAAGCUGCUUUUUACCGUAUUUCAAUGGGGUGUUAUGUGGAUUGAUGGGACUUCAUGUUUUGUUACCAAUAAUCGUGGAAAGUUGAAUCUUGAAAUCAUCAAUCCAAAUCAACGUGCACAUCUACAAGAGAAAUCCGAGAUUGAUUUUGAUCCUGUUUAUGGUUCAGCACCUUAUCCUUACGUCUACGAUUUGUAA